UAUAGGAUAUAGCUGCUGUUUUUGUUGUGUUUUGUAAUAUAACCUUAUUAUCAGAGACAAGUUUGUUGUUGUUAUCUAAAUGUUUUUAAAGACAAAUAUAUAAAUAGUUAUGUAUUUAAAAUUACACGAAUAAACGAUUAAAAUGACUACUAGAAAUCCAACAACAUUAAUGACAAUUCCUAAUGAGGAAUCUUUUGACUUUCUUUUUAAAAUUGUGUUAAUUGGUGACUGUGGAACUGGUAAAACUUGUGUUGUUCAAAGGUUUAAAAAUGGAACUUUUAUAGAAAGACAUGGUAAUACUAUAGGAGUUGACUUUUCCAUGAAGACAGUUAUGGUAGAUGGUAAAAAAGUGAAGCUUCAAAUAUGGGAUACUGCAGGGCAGGAAAGGUUCAGAACAAUAACACAAAGUUAUUAUAGAUCUGCAAAUGGUGUGAUAAUAGUUUAUGAUAUUACCAAAAGAUCCUCGUUUCUAUCAGUGAGCAGGUGGGUGGAGGAGGUCCGUAGAUAUUCUGGAAAUUCAGUUUUACUGGCUCUUGUUGGAAAUAAAGCAGAUAUGGACACAUUAAGAGAAGUGGAAUUUGAAGAAGCUGAAACAUUAAGCCAAUAUAUGCCUGAAGUACUGUUUGUUUUAGAGGCUAGUGCUAAAGAUAACUCAAACAUAGAAGAGGCUUUUCUGUGUUUAGCUACUGAGUUAAAGAGAAGACAUGAUAAUGGAUUAUUGGACCAGGAUGAUGAAGAUACAGUGAGAUUAGGACAAAGUAGUAGUGUGUCUAAGUGUAGCACUUGUUCAAAAAGUUUUUUAUCUUGGUCAAGAAAUGUUCCUUGACAACACCAAGAUGAUGCGAAGCUUAAUGUACUAUUAGCAAUCCAAGAAAAUCCUGUUACUUAAGCUUGCUCCCGAGAACGAUUUGAGUCACACCACCGUAUUGAAGUUAAUACAAGGUUAAAAAAUGUAUCCAUUUAAGAUGCAAACAGUACUGGAACUAGCUGAGGAUGAUCCCGAACCAAGA